AUGGACGACAUCACACAAGAGCUCCACGAGCUCUUCGCAAGCUCAGCACCGAAUGGCCUCGCCCAAGAUGUCCUUACUGAAUUGCAAUCCAUGCUCCGGUUGCAUGGCAUCACGCCGCAAGAAUUAUUCUACAAAUGGGAGUCAUACAGCAUGAAGAUGGGCUCAGAGGACACAAAACUUGAUCUCAAUACAGUCCGCGCGUUCAAAAGAGACGUUCAGGAUUCCUUAGAGCGCGAGACUCGAGGAAAGAACCAUCAAGUCCGAGGUAGCGAGAAAAAGUCUGGUGUUACGGCAACCCCUCGUGCUGGAAAGACUGAUGUUUUUGGAAUGCUCGACGAUUUGACACCCGGGACUCCUCAAUCACGUAUCAAUGGCUCGGCCAAACGAAAAUCGACCUUCGAGACACCAUCUGGACCCAAGACAGUCCGGACUGACGGUAAUGGGACACCUACAGGGAUCAAGACACCUUCAGCCAGUACCAAUGGCAUGCUAAGCGUCGCAUUCGCCGAACGGCAAAACCCCGGCCAACUUAUAGAAACACUCAAUGCUCAUUUGGACUUGCCCAAAACGCCGAUGGCACCAUUCCCCGAACCUCGAAUUCGGCCAACAGCAAACACUGACCUGAAGAAAUUCGGAUAUAAGCCAAUGUCGAUGCGCUUGAACGAGGCGUCGGAGAUUCUAGACGAUCGACUAGACGAAUUCACAGAUCUAUUUGAGAAGCAGUAUCCAGAUGCGACAUUUGGCAGCGCAGCAACGCAGAGUACAAGUGAGAUUGUGGCAGUUGGACGGAUCGCAUCAGACACUCUCGAGGGAAAGCUCAACGUUGCAUCGCUCGUGUUGGAGACAUCAAGGCGGACGGGAGCCGGUCUUCGGGUGCCGUUGAAGGUCGAUGCCUUGCCAUCGGUACAGUUCUUCCCGGGGCAGAUCGUUGCUCUACGUGGAAUCAAUGCCUCUGGAGAAUACUUUUCCGUUAAAGAAGUCUUGCCGUUAUCACUCCUUCCUACGGCAGCCUCAUACCCGAGCACACUGGAAACCAUCAAUGAAAGACUGGGAGGGGUUGACGUUGACCAACCACUCAACAUCUUCUAUGCUGCUGGUCCAUACACCGCUGACGAUAACCUGGACUUUGAGCCACUGCAAGAACUUUGCAAAAAAGCUGCUGAAGAAUAUGCAGAUGCUUUGCUACUCCUAGGUCCUUUUAUAGACUUGGAACACCCACUCAUCGCAACAGGUGACUUUGAUCUUCCUGAUAUUCCUGGAUUGGAUCCAGAAACUGCUACAUUGACGACUCUGUUCCGACACUGCAUUUCAAAACCGCUUCACCAACUAUGCGCGGCUGUUCCUAGUAUCACAAUCAUGCUCAUGCCGUCCGUACGUGAUGCUGUCAGCAAGCAUGUAUCAUGGCCGCAGGAGCAAUUCCCAAAAAAGGAGCUCGGUCUGCCCAAGCAAGCCCGCGUCGUUUCAAACCCAGUGACACUAUCCCUCAACGAGAGCGUGAUAGGGAUGUGCUCGCAUGACGUCUUAUAUGACUUGAGAAAAGAAGAAGUUCUCGGCGGACGACCAGCAGAAGCGAACCUAUUGACACGAUUGCCCAGGUACAUCAUUGAGCAACGACACUUUGCGCCUAUGUUCCCCCCUUCUUCGCGAGAUACACUGCCCAAGUCCGGCGGCCCGGAUAGUAUGCUUCCCAUUGGCGGGAUGAUGGAUGUCAGCUAUUUGAAACUGGGAGAUUGGUUGAACGUCCGUCCUGAUAUAUUGAUUACACCUAGUAUGCUUCCACCUUUUGUGAAGGUCGUCGAAAGUGUCCUCGUCAUCAAUCCAGGGACUCUAUCUAAGCGUCGAGCAGCUGGCACUUAUGCCAACAUGGCUCUGUAUCCUCGAAGCAUAUCUGAGGAGGAGCGACAAGAGAAGCAGCUUAGUCAUAAGGUGUUCGAGAGGGCUCGAGUUGAUAUUGUGCGCAUAUAG